CAGUCCGCCCGGGGAGGGCGGUGGGGCCGACACUCCGGCUUCUGCAGGUCGCCGUGCGCCCUGGGGCGCAGCCGAGCGCGGAAAAAUGAGCGGCUCGGCGGGAGAAGGCCCUCGCGUCCGGCGCUACCCCGAGCUCCCGGUGUGGGUGGUGGAGGAUCACCAGGAGGUUCUGCCGUUCAUAUACCGAGCCAUUGGCUCAAAACAUCUUCCUGACAGUAAUAUAAGUUUUGUGCAUUUUGAUUCACAUCCAGAUCUCCUUAUUCCUGUGAAUAUGCCAGCUGACACCGUGUUUGAUAAGGAAACUCUUUUUGGAGAAUUAAGUAUUGAGAACUGGAUUAUGCCUGCAGUUUAUGCUGGCCAUUUUUCCAAUGUAAUAUGGCUUCAUCCCACAUGGGCUCAGCAAAUCAGAGAGGGUACACAUCACUUUUUAGUAGGCAAAGACACGUCUACCACAACAAUCAGGGUAACAAGUACAGAUCACUACUUCCUAAGUGAUGGUCUUUAUGUAACUGAAGACCAGCUAGAGAACCAAAAACCUUUACAAUUGGAUGUAAUUAUGGUAAAGCCAUAUAAUCUCUGUAACAAUCAAGAGGAAAACGAUGCAGUGUCUUCUGCUAAGAAACCAAAGCUAGCACGGGAAGACGCAGAGCACACUGCCUCUACUAACUGUGCCUCUUGUUCAGAAGGAUUGGAAAAGGACACAGGGACCCAGAGAAGGGUCCACGCCAGCCUGGAACCUUCGUGUUCAUGUUCUUCUGAGAGCCAAGAAUGCCAGACUACAGUCAGCUCUGGAGAAAUUCUGGAAAUUUUGAAGAAAGGGGAUGCAUUUGUUUUAGAUAUUGACUUAGAUUUCUUUUCAGUCAAGAAUCCCUUCAAAGAAAUGUUCACUCAGGAGGAAUACAAAAUCUUACAAGAGCUGUACCAAUUUAAAAAGCCUGGCACCAACCUGACAGAGGAAGAUUUGGUAGAUUGUGUUGAUACUCGAAUUCACCAAUUAGAAGAUUUAGAAGCUACUUUUGCUGAUUUGUGUGAUGGUGAUGAUGAAGAAACUGUACAGAAAUGGGCUUCAAACCCUGGAAUGGAAUCACUAGUUCCACUUGUGCAGAGUUUGAAAAAACGGAUGGACGUGCCAGACUAUGAAAUGGUUCAUCAGGCUGGUCUAACCUGUGAUUAUUCAGAACUUCCUCACCAUGUCAGCACAGAACAAGAAAUUGAGUCUCUUAUUCAGUCUGUAUAUUAUUUACUGAAAAAUUUACCAAAACCUACUCUUGUAACAAUUGCAAGGUCAAGUCUGGAUGAUUACUGUCCUUCUGAGCAAGUUGACGCCAUUCAGGAAAAAGUCCUCGGUGUGCUCCGCUCCCUCUAUGGGACUCUAGACCUCCACCUGGUGUACUCAGCAGAGUCCUCUCCACCUUGAAACAGCAAAACACUGGACUCCUAUUACAUUUCGAUGUAGUAGCAGGUUUUCAUUAACUUAUUUGUAAAUGAGUCUUCCAGAAAACACUUUGUCUUUAUAUUAACUUUGACUUAAAAUCCUUCAGGUAUCGUCCGUUGUUGAAUGAUGGCAACUUUGUUGGCAUCAAGACUACCCCUGUUGCUUAUCUUUCUUCCUUUCUGUAAUUGUCCUCACUUUUGUGAGAAUGUUUUGUUUUUUCCUCUUUUCCUUUUUUCCCAUAAGUCGGUUGGAAUGUAUGAGAUUCAUUCAUUCAUUGAUUUAUUCACUCAACUAGCUGACAUUUAUUGAGACAUGUGUCAGACAUAAUUCCCUGCUGGGUAUAUGGUAAUGAACAGAACAGACAAGGCCCUGCCCUUUUGAGGGACAGCUAAGAAACAAAUCAUGGAAGGACAGCCACAAACAUGGCCUUAUAGGAAAGUAAUAUUCUCAAAAGCUACUACCAAAAUAAUAAUAGCAUGCCAGUCCAUGAAAAUUUUACAGGAAGUCUACCUCUCUAUGAGUGUUUGUUCUGUAGCCCAGCUCUUGCUAAAAAUGCUCUCAGCAUUGUUGGUUGAGGAGGUCUAUUAAACUCAACCAAACAAAAAUUAACUCUAGUUUGCUAAUCAGAAAAGCCAUUUGGGAGUUUUGGCCUCCAUGAAGGUAAGUAUGAGCAUUGAUUGUCAUUAUAGUUCCUAAGUGCCACUUUAUUGGCAGUCUGGGUAGAUACUUUUCAAAUAAAUCAGCUCUUCAUGUAAAUAGUAGGGAAAAAAUUUAAGUCCUUAAUUCUGGCCUACCAUAAAUACUUCCUUCUGCCAGCCUCCCAUGAGUAAGAGUAAGAGAGCCUACCUGACUUGCUCUUAUAGUAAUCAUGGAACUUUUCAUUUACUUAAUUGGCCACUGAAGUCUCCCCUCUUUAGUAUCCCUCAUGUUCAGUAAUCAUUUUUACCUCCUUGAUUUCUUUUUCUUUCAAAAGUAGGAUGACAUUUACAGGAAAAAAAAAAUCCAUUAUUCCUCAGUCCUAACACAGUAGUUGUCUUUAUUUUUGCAUGUAACUUUCAGGCCCUGAGCACAUGUGUACCUGUUGAGUUGCAUGUAACUAAAAUUACAGUGUUACCUAACGUAAUGGCUGGUAGCCACAGUCGCAUUACCAUUACUACUCACUAGAUGGCACCAGAUCCCAUUUUUCCAGUGAUUCUGUUUUUCUUGUCACCAAGUGGAUUUUACAAGGCUGAUAGUGUGAAUGCUUAUUUCUGUUAUGAAAAGCAAAGCAAACUGAUUUAAUUUUCUAUUUUGAUAGAACAUUAUGUGCCAAAAAGUUUUAUUUCUCUGUAAGAUCAGAAUUGUAAAAUAGUGCUAUUUAUUUUUAAAAUUUUAUUCGAGUUCUGUAAACAGAUGUUACUUUUACGAGUAAAUUAAUUUUGUGUGCUAAAAGAAAUAAACAGGUGUGUAUUGAGGUAUUGAAAUUUUAAAAUAAA